GGGGGCUUCCGGUGUCGAAGGAACACAGAAUGUGAAGGUUCUUGAAAAGUUUUUAGGGAUCGGUCUUCCUCUGGAUAAUCAAAUGUCUCUUCUUCUGGAAUUUAUUAGACAGCUUUUAGACUACCUGGGCAUUCCGCCUGACAGGCUUGUGACAAUAUGGGGAAAUUAUAUCAGCAGACGUAGUUUUCUUCGCGCUCUAACAAAUCACCUUCCUCCAGUAUUAUUUCAAGGAAUUGACCUACAGGAUCUGCAAUUAUUGGAACGCAAAGACUAUGGCUGGACUCGCAGUGUGGUACGAAUCAUUGGAACUUUACUGCCUUUGGAACCUUGCCCUAGAACACAUUUCCAGCACGUUUUAGUCCCCGAAAUACUGGAACCUAGAGGGAAAGAAACAGUCUGCAGGCCUGAAAUCUCAUCUCUGGCUGAUGCCCCAUUUCUUAUGAAUGAUGAUAUUAAGUCUUGCACCAGAUUUAGACAUCACCUUUCAUCAAAUAUGCCAACGGGAGGGUACAACAUGGCAAGGCGUAGUGAAAAGGACCCAGGACUGUCAAUGAUGGUUCAGAACAACAGCGUUUCUGAAAAUGUUCCUUUAGCACCAAGUGAAAAUGCAAUUCAGAAGAUAGCUGCUUUGGAAGAUGAGCUGAUGCAGCUAAGAGCACAGAUUGCUGCCAUUGUCGCCAUGCAAGAAACAAGAAACACACAUUCUUGUUCUGAAACGUUGUCAUUUGGUAGCCCUUGUAAUGCUCUUCCUCCUCCAUCUUUAACCUCAACACCCAUUAAUACUCAGAUCCUGCUGUCUACACCAGCUCCACCCCCUCCUCCGCCACCACCUCCAUUGCCCAUUCCACCUGCUAAGAUUAACUCUGCCAAAUCUGCACUUGAUCUCAUCAAAGAACGUAAGGCAUCUCACAGACAGACGAGUCCAAAAGAGGUAGAUGAGGCAGAAAAAGGCAAUUUAAAUAAUGUUCCUAGUAUGCUGGAUGUUUUGAAGGAUAUGAACUCGAUUAGACUUCGUGCUGUUGAAAGGUCCCCGGGGGGUACACCUUUAACAAGAAAAGAUAAGAAGAGACGUUCUCUUAAUGACCCUGCAGCUAUUAUAGCUCAUGCACUGAAACUGAAGUUUGCACAUAGGCAUAAAGAUGAAUCAUUAGACAAGGAAAAUAGAUCUUAUGAAGAUUCUCCCUUCUCCAGUCCUGAGACACCAAUGUUUGGGAGCCAUCUACUGAAGCCAAUAGGAAAGAGACCUAUGAAAGAAGUUCCAAGAAAACAGGUGUUUCAAUAA